ACUAAACACUAACGAUGUCUGAUCCUAUUAAUGCAAAUCCUACUGUUAUAGAUGUGACGAACUUACCAACUCGUCUUGAAAGCGGCGAGAAUGCUGGUAAACGAGUAGAUAAAUAUCAAGGUAUGGUCGAUAAAGUGUUGAGCCUUUCACUUUUAAAGCCCAAAAACUUGUCUCCAGUUUCAAUAUCUAAUGAGGUCCCAGGUUUAGUUUCAGAUGUUGAGAUGGAGGAUUCCACAGAAGAUGAGUUAUCCAGUGAUUCAGGAGCUAUUGAAGGGGAGGAAGAAGAUGAAGCCGAGGAAGAAGAUUUGAUUGAUUCACAAGAGAUUUUUGAUUUGAUUUCAACUAUAUCUGAUCCUGAACAUCCCUUAACUUUGGCACAGCUUGCAGUGGUCAACUUAUCGGACAUUUCAUUAAAGCACGGUAAGAAUAAAAAGACCGAUAUAUCGGAAGUUUUAAUCAAGAUUACUCCUACCAUCACGCAUUGUUCAUUAGCUACAUUAAUUGGUUUAGGAAUACGGGUCAGACUAGAAAGAUGUUUACCGCCCAGAUUCAGAAUCCGGAUUCUCAUUAAGGAAGGUACACACCAGUCUGAGAACCAAGUGAAUAAACAAUUAAAUGAUAAAGAAAGAGUGGCAGCAGCUUGCGAGAAUGAUCAAUUACUAACUAUUAUACUGCAAAUGUUGAGCAGUUGCAAAUAGGUUUAUAAAAGUACAUAUUUAAAUGAACAAAAGAGAAGACUGAAACUUGUUAAGUCUAGACUCUAUUAGAAUUACA